AUGAAUCAACGCGCAACCGGUGAAAUCGUCCUACUGACAGGCUCGAGUGGUUUUCUCGGCCGUCGUAUUUUGGACUAUCUUUUGGAAGAUGUUAACGUUAAGGAAGUUCGAGGCUUGGAUAAAGUAAAAUUCAGCCUUUCCCACGACAAACUGAAAUUGUUUCACUGUGAUUUACUGGAUGUCGAAUCGUGCCGCGAGGCUUUCCAUAAUGUCGACGUUGUUCUUCAUUGCGCCGCCUACGUCAGUUACGAAUAUCCAGCCGAUAGAGAAAAACUUGAAAAGAACAACGUCCAAGCCACGCAAAACGUAGUUGACCUCAGCAUAUCGUCGGCGGUCAAACGUCUCGUGCACUGCAGUACGACCGAGGUGACGCUUCAGCCGUGCAUCAGAGGCGGCAUCAUCGCCGUGACCAUCUAUAAGCAGGAGUCGAAGCUCGAGAUUCCGAAAAUCCCGAGUAGACUGCUUUUCGGCGAUUACGCGAGCAGCAAGUUGGCCGCGGAAAAAAUCGUCUUACAGGCUGAUCGAGUGGGUGGGUUGCGCACGACGGUGCUGCGGCCGACGCCGAUCUACGGCGAGAACGAUCCGCAUCUGCUGCCAGAAAUCAUGAGAUGGGCCAAGAAACGAAAGAAUACCCUGCCUAGACUGGGUUCCGGAGGAAAGCAGCAAAUGACUUACGUCGGCAACGCCGCUUGGGCUUUUGUACGCGCCAAAGACACGAUGCGCGACAAGAUCGACGCGAUCGCCGGCUUACCGGUCACAGUCACCGACGACACCAUGGUCGAGGAUCUGACGCGUUUUUGCGAGCGCGUCACGAGAUCGACCAAGAAUCACGUGAAAAUCACCGGCUGGCCGAUGCCGCUGCUCGUCGCCUACUUUCUAGCCUUCGUCUUGGAGCUGCUAGUUUCUGUUGGUCUUCUCGCCAAGCAAAAGAUAGCCCCGAGAAGCUUCGUGGCUUAUCUCAACUCGAUUAUUAUUUACAACAGAGCCAGAGCUUCUAUACACAUGAAUUAUUGGCCCAAGUACAAUCACGAGCAGACUCUGGCAAUGGCCACAAGUUAUUAUGCGCAUCUUUGUUCCGACGAUGACUAACAAUGAAUUGGAUACAAUACUUUUUUUAAUGGACUAAAUUUUUUUAUUGAGCGUGUAUGCGACAGAUAGAAGAAUGAAUUUUUUUUUUUUUUAGCAAUUAAAGAUACCCGUACGUGGCUACACUCAAAUAUCCCGAUUUGUGCAAAAAAUUGUUUUUAUUGUCUUUAAUGAGACGAUGGGUGUCGUCGAACAUUACAAUCUCCGUAUUAUUUUAAUGUACAGACACUUUUUGAGAUUAAAAUUUAGUGUUUGCAAACUUCUAUUAGUACCAAUAAUUCAGCAAUCUACAUAAAGUUUCGAAGAAAAAAUCAUGGCUUAAUAUAAAUAUCCAUAAAUGUAUUUCAUAGUUACUAACUAAAUCAUUCGGAAUCAUGUCCGUGUAGCUACAAUUGCAUAUCACACUUUACAUAGUACAAUUUUAUUUUCGUAUUUACAAGCGCAUUUUUAAAAAUCGAUAACUACACAUCAUAACAAUAAUU